CGCAUGUGUAUGGCGCUACCCGUCCUGCUUCUCGCCGUUGCUGCGGCUAUCGAGGCUCACGCGGUGCGGACGACGGCAAACAACGAGCCGCUCCUCCCCACAUCUCAGCCGCUGGGCCCAGACCAGGAGGGAAUCAGGCAGCCCGGUUCUCAAAAAGGUGAUGAUGAUGCUGUAGUUGGUCAGCCCAUCGCUGUUCAUCGCCGCAACAGCACCACCAAGGCGCAGGGGGAAGGCUUGGCUCCUCCGUCUGAAGGCCACGCGACCCGUUCGCGCGAGAAGGCCUCCCUUCGGUCAUCCGAUGCUAGCCGGCUCAUUGCUGAUAGCGACACAGGUCAUCCCCAUUCUCGCAGGCGUGAAGGCGCGUCAGAUGGCGGGUCAGAUCUGGAUGGCGCACUUGAGGGUCACACAGGGAGGCGGCAAUCGAGCCUGUCAUCGAUAAUCGACGAGACUGUCGCGGGCGUGCCCAAGAGUAAGGAGGGAAGACAUACAAACAGAGAGGAGUGACGUGAAGGCGGACUGUGUAACACUCUCUCUCCCCUGUGUUGAAAUGUCAGUCCCUGGCGUGUUCGAUGCGCUGUGGCACGGCCACACCCUGACGGCGAAACAGCGGCGAAUCGUUUUCCUGGUCCUGCUGGAUCUUAUCGCAAUGGGCCUCUUCCUGGCUUUCGUCCCCUGUGUGCUCGCAAUGGUAAGACAGACAGACAGACAGACACGCAGGCAGAGAGAGAGCACGGAUGGGUGGGGGAUUGGUCUGGAGGACGCGGUCCUGUGUUGCGGCUGGUUGUGUCUGCAGUCGAAACGGCGGCCACCGACACCACGGGCAGCCAUCCACUCGUUGACGCCUGUAGAUGAAUAGACUGCCUGAGUCCUGACUGAAGGCAGGUCUUCCCCACCCUGCCCUGCCUGCCUGCGUGUCUAGAUGCUUAGAUGGAAUGACCGAUGUGUAAGAGCGGGCCUGUGCCGCACUCUCUCCUCUCUUGUCCCGGCUUUGCUGCUGGUAUGGUCGUCGCCGAAGGUGGAAGGCCCUAUCCACACCUCCCUGAGUUGGCAGGCAGUCAUCGCGUGAGCAGCGAGCCAAGGAAAUGGAAGAGAGGUGGGGCGGUGCGGAUGGGCUGGGAUGGGCGGA